AAGAAAGUAAAAAGCAACUGGAAAAACAGGCAAAUCGGAAUAAUACGCUGCAGCUCAUGAAAAAAUUGACUGCAGCGGAGUUUUACAGUGCAAUAAAGUGGGUUUUUAUAAAAAUAAUGGUGAUUUUUCUAGAAGUAGAAUGCAGGCUUGGUGAUGAUAUCACUCUUGCAUGUCAAUGAACUUUUCAAAACAAAGAAUCGAUGUUUGGUAUCAUUUUUGUUGUAUGAACACGUUAGAUGAAAUCCAUAUGCCGUCACAAUGCCUCGUAUUGUUAAACUCAGUUGGCUGGAAAAAAUAAAAAUAAAGAUAUCACAGCAAAUAGAGCGAGUUAAUUGAAAGGAUUACAAGGACAAUAAAAGAGACUUCUCCGUUCCAAACCCGCAAUUGUCGAAAUAGUUCAAAUAACCAAUAUCCUCAACAUAGUUGGCUCUGUAAGGAUCCAUCAACAAUUGUCGGCGCCAAGCAAAUAGUCGACAGACGAUAGAGACAAUUGAAAGCCAACAAGAAAACUCACACACAAAAAAAAAGGCAAGCUGCUGCCAUAACAACAAAAGUAAAAAAGCACGAGUAAACGUUCGAAAAACAAACAAAGGCAGCAAAAAACCAGACAGAGAAUGAACCCUGAUAUCGGUGAAUUGGAGACGUCUAACAAUGGACGCGUCAUAUACCACAUGCCUCAAAGUGCGGCUACAAUGGGGGCGGCAGCUGUGGCCCGCAUAUCUGGUUCUGUUGUGGCUGCCAACAAUCCAAGCACCACCUCAUCAAGCACAAUGCACUCUGUUGUCGGCAGUGUAGGUGGCUCUGGUAGUGUCGGUACAGCAACAGAUGUUGGCAGUGAUUACAAUUUGAAUUUGAAUAGCGAAAUGAAUACGCCACCCGCCACAUCUGCUGGCAAAUUCAAUGAAAAACCACAGGAGCGUUAUGUAUGGGAAAUGCGCACGCGUAGUCCCAAUGUUACACCCGCCAGCACUGUGCUCAAUUCGCCUGAUUUAAAUACAGAUGUGCAAUAUGCGCUGCACCAUCAUCAACAUCGGCAGCAUCAUCAAAUCAGGGUCGGACGAAGUCCCGGAAGUCAAUUCGAACAGCAAAACGUGAUGCCACAGGGUCUAGCAAGCCCAGGCGGCUCCCCCACAGAUGUUGGUAAGGUCGGUGUACAGUGCUUGCGCGAUGGAGAAAUAGUCGUUUUUGAUGAUAUUGACACAAAUUGGAUGAAUAAGACAAAGGCGGCCAGCAUGCCCAACGCUGCGAAUAGCGGAAUCCCAUACAUCAAAAACACAAACGACAAUUAUGCGUCAGCACAUCAUCAACAUAACAACGAAGACAUCUUGAAAGUCACUAAAAUGAUUGGCCAGCUACCAAUAGCUGAGUACGAAGGUUCACCACGUCGUUUUGGCAAUCAACCACAAGGUAAUAUGAAGCAAGCAGGCGCUAGCGUAUUCCCCAAGCGGCCACCAGGCUUUCCGCAGCGUGUAUCCCCCAUUGCAGGCGCACAGCUUCAGCAACAACAAUACUCAACAAUGCAACAACAACUAAUGCAACAAGAGCUUAAUGCACGCUCGUCACAGUAUGCACAACUGAGCUUACAGCAGCAACUACAACAGUAUUAUACCGCUACACCAUCGUCCGCAUUAGCAACCACAGCUGCUAUAGGCACAAAUAACUAUCGCGAUAAUAAGUCAAUGGGCAAUUUAAUUGAUAUCGAUGAUGGGGGCGUACCUGCCGCCACCGUUGACGGGGCACAAGUUAAAACUCCGGCUUUUGAUUACUUGUACGAGUGUUCCGAAACGCGCAAAGUAUUGGAAGAGUUCUUCAAGGCGAAUUCAGAAGAUGAAAAACGUUAUACAGACUAUACUGAGAGCGGUGACGAUGUGGGCAGUUGUCAGGAUACUCAUUUGGAGUAUGAACGAGAGCGUCAACGUGAGCGAGAGGAGGGGAAACAUAUGGAGCAAGCGUAUAUUGGACAACGUUUAGCCAGAAUACCCAAAGAUGAAUUGAAUAUGGUGCAUCGUUCGCCACGCAAACAACCCUGUGAGUCCGUUUAUAAUGAAAACAAUGACAUCGAGUUGUACAUAGACUCGAAUAGUCGCAGCAGUGGCGAUUUGGCCGACACCGAACUGGAAGCAAACCUCCGUCGACAUUCGCGCAAUUUCACCUUAUCCCCCGAGACUACUGAUUACGAUUCAAAUUGCGGUGAUCUGGAUAGUUUGUCGAAUGAUAUAAAUUGUCCCACUGACUAUGGAAAAUUAUAUACCAGUAUGCCAGUGUUGGAGGAUGGCCUUUCCAGUGGUCAUGCAUCAGAUACGGAUAAUAAUGUGAAUGCCGCGGUUGAGAGUGAAAAACAAAUACUUGAGAGCAACAGUACUGAUAAUGGACAACCUCAAGCUCCACCGACGGUCCAGACACAAUCGUUACAAUAUCAGCUACAGCAUCAGCAUACGCCUCCUACAAUUUUGCAAAAUAAUGAGUAUACCGCGAAUUUGUCACUCGAGUGCAAUGAUAGUUGCAUUUCAAAUAGCAUCGCCGCCGCGGUUGUGAUGGAUGACAAUUUAAUAAGCGAUUUAGUUGAGGUCCCUGACAAAAUAAAUCAACAGCAAAAGCAACAACAACAGCGACAUCAGCCAGAGCUUCAAGUGCGCAGUCAUGAACUAAUAGAGAACGACGUUGGGUGUUGCAAUAACAAUGGCGCUGCCUGUUUAAACACAUCGAAUGAGCUCAGCCAUAACGAUUCUAAUUACGAUGCCGUCUACGCACCGCCAAUGACAACAAAACAAUCUCCGCCACCCCCUCCUGCGUCUGCAGCAUAUCGGCAGUGUGUUCGUGCUAAACAGCAACGCGAGUCGGCAGACAUACAAGAAGCAAUGAAGGAGAUACGAUCGGCGCUGCAACGUGCCAAAACGCAGCCAGAGAAAUUGAAAUUUUGUGAUGAGGUCUUGCCGCCCGAUCCAGAAUCGCCAGUUUGGGUGCCACGUAAAACUUCGCCAACGAAUACUUCAUUGGCACCCAAUCGGAUGGGAAGUAAUCAUUUGAAUAAGUUGCAUGGUGGCGCUAACGAUGGCAGUGCGAGCGGAGCGACCAUAGGUGAUGAGGAAGAACCGGAUACUGAUUUGGAAACCGAUCGAUUGUUGGGGCAACAGCGACUCGAUGAGCAAGGCUACUACGAUGAUAAGGCAAUUUGGCCGAAGACAUCACGUAUUGGCGGUGGCACCGAUUCCAAUGACCAAUCGCCCAGCACAUCGGACAUCACAAUGCUCACCACAAACUCUGUCAGUAUUAAACCGCAGGGAUUCUCCUCGGCCACCAUACGUCAAGGCAUUGGCACAGCGCUGACGCCCAGUUCGCCGGAGCAAUGCCAAAUUGUAGGCAGCGCAGAUGUAACGCUCACCUCACCCGAAAAAUUGCAAUACACAAAAAGUCCAACGGGCUCUAUGAAGUCGCUGAAAGAUUCAGCGAACAGCGAUAAGAAAGCGAAGGCACGCAAUAAAGAGGGAUUAUUGGAUCCUGCAGUGCUAAUUGAGGGCGUCCUCUUUCGCGCACGCUACUUAGGCUCUACGCAGCUGGUGUGCGAGGGGCAGCCUACGAAAUCGACGCGUAUGAUGCAGGCUGAAGAGGCUGUGUCGCGUAUAAAGGCUCCGGAAGGCGAAAGUCAACCCUCCACCGAAGUCGAUCUAUUCAUAUCAACCGAAAAGAUUAUGGUGCUCAACACUGACCUCAAGGAAAUUAUGAUGGAUCAUGCUUUGCGUACAAUCUCCUACAUUGCCGAUAUCGGCGAUUUGGUUGUGCUAAUGGCACGCCGUCGGUUUGUGCCAUCCGAUUCCUGUGGCUCGGACGCUGAUGUGGCUAAUGGCUGUGGUAAUGGCAAUAAGGAAGCUCAAGAAAAUGGUAUUGUAGUUAGUAGUAAUGCUAUUGGUAGUGGUUGUGGCAGCGGUAACGGUAAUGGUAACGGCAACGGCAACGGUGGUACCGUCAAUGGCGUUAGCUGCAGUGUUGGCAAUGGCAGUAAUAAACAUAAUCGCACACCCAAAAUGAUCUGUCAUGUCUUCGAGAGCGAUGAAGCACAAUUUAUUGCGCAAUCAAUUGGACAAGCCUUUCAAGUGGCCUACAUGGAAUUUCUGAAAGCGAAUGGCAUUGAAGAUCAUAGCUUUGUAAAGGAAAUGGAUUAUCAAGAGGUGCUCAAUAGUCAGGAGAUAUUUGGUGAUGAAUUGGAAAUAUUCGCUAAAAAGGAAUUGCAAAAGGAGGUUGUUGUGCCGAAGGUGAAAGGUGAAAUACUCGGUGUGGUGAUUGUAGAAAGUGGCUGGGGUUCGAUGCUGCCUACCGUAGUGAUAGCGAAUCUAAUGUCGGCCGGUGCAGCGGCGCGUUGUGGUCAAUUGAAUAUCGGUGAUCAAUUGAUUGCCAUCAAUGGCAUGAGCUUGGUGGGAUUGCCGCUCUCGACGUGUCAGAGUUAUAUACGCAAUGCGAAAAACCAGACAGCGGUCAAAUUUACUGUAGUGCCAUGUCCGCCGGUAGUCGAGGUGAAAAUCAAGCGACCGAAUACCAAGUAUCAGCUGGGUUUUAGUGUGCAAAACGGUGUGAUUUGCAGUUUGCUGCGCGGCGGCAUUGCGGAACGUGGUGGUGUACGCGUUGGGCAUCGUAUUAUUGAAAUUAACAAUCAGAGUGUGGUGGCGGUGCCGCAUGAAAAAAUUGUUAAUCUGCUCGCUACAUCUGUGGGCGAGAUUUUAAUGAAGACUAUGCCAACGUCAAUGUUUCGCCUACUCACGGGACAAGAGAAUCCCAUAUACAUUUAAAUUAAGCUUAAUUGAUACGCUAUUACACAUACAUGCAUACAAACAUACAUACAUACUAUACUAGUAUUUAUCAAAAGAUUUUCAAUUUAAUUUCGCUACUAAUGCGCUAAAAAAAAUUAUAAUACUUUCUUACUCAAUAACUAACAAAUAUGUAAGUACUAUUUACACUCAAAUACGCUGUACUAUUAGCUAAGUAAGUGCAAAAAAGCCGCUGCAAAUGGAAGCUGAAAAAAAGAACAAAAAAUAAAAAUGCUUAAAAAGAACAAAUUUGUAACGAAUGUAAACAAACGCAUACCAACAAUGCGCUUAAACUGUUAAUCAACCACUUAAUUAGUUAAGCGCGUAAAACAAAAUCACAACGGUAUAUAUUUCCCGUAUACACAGACGGAAUGUUUCGUUUUUGUUUUUUACUAUAUUAAUAACUUACAAGUUACAACUAAUCGCUAAACUAUGAACUCUACACAAACGUACAUUUAUAAAUAUUUGCUUUUUCUACAAUACUUAAACGCAAUAAUUUAAAGUCAUGGGGGGGAAAAAAAAAUAAAAAAAAAUUUGUAUUAAAAAUUUGUAAGUGGCUAAAAGUGUUGAUUGACCACAAACUCAGAUAUAUUCUUGCGAAGCAGGAUUAAGGACCGCUGGCUGAUUAAUAAAUUCGGCGUGGCACGCCAGCAACAAACACAAGAUCACUGCUACAACAAUGAAAACAAAAUCACCAAUUGCAUAAAAAAUAUUUAAAAAAAGACUGAAGAUGUUUUAAGUAUUUAUUUAUUGCGCAAAAAAAGAAUGAGGGACAAAAGCAAAAACAAAAUACAACUAUGCAAUGCAGUAUAGACUAAUACAAGAGCACACAGUUUUUUUUUUUUAUAAGAAAAAACACGCAAUUAUACUUUGGUGCCUCUGCAUGGUUAAACAUGGUUUUACAAUCGAGUUCGAAUUUGGUUUUUAUAAAUAAUGGAAAUUCAUAUGCGCUCGAAAUUGAUGCGGUUUCACAGCGUAGGCCAUAUACAUAUAUAUAUGUACGGUAUUCAAAUAAGUUUGUAAAUGCAAUUUUUAUAUAUUAAUAUUUUUAAUUUUUAUUUAAGUUAGCAGAUUUUAGUUGAAACUAAAGUGAAUUGAUUAUUUAGUUCUAAUAGUGCCAUUGCAUAUCAAUUGAAAUUGAUAUUUUUUACUAAACGAUAUUUAGAUAUGCGAAGCGGAAGCUAAAUAAAAACAUGCUUCUGCGUUUUUUUAUAUUUUUUUUAUCAACUUUUAAAAUGUCUAUUUUUCGCAAAUGUCGCAAACGCAUUUUUAAGCAGCACUUACAUAUGCAUAUGUAAUAUUGUUUUCUAUUUGUAAUGUUUUAGAUAUUAAUUGGAAAUUUUAUUGAAUUUAAUUAAUGCUCUAUUAACUACAUUUAUAAUUUUAUACCAAAAAUAAAUUUACCUAGGUACAUAAAACAUAUUAU